AUGAUGGAUGAGUUAGAAAAGUUUCAAGCUCAGUUUCGCACUGAGCAGGAGAAGUGUAGACGACUUGAACAGGAAGUUGAGGCAGCCAAGCAGUCGUCUGUCUCCCGCAAUGAGCUGGAUCGUGUCCUUUACAAACUUGGAGCAACCAAUCCGUCAAUUUCAUGCGCGUCGCAGCUGACGAGAGCAAAGAAACUGAAGACAUUAUAUGAGCAGUCGGUAGUGCAACUUGCCUCCGUUCAGUCGUUAGCAAGGGAGCUGCAACACUCGAAUGAUGAGCUUUCGCACUCAAUGGAGCAAACUCGCGCAAAGGCGAUGCAAUCACAGCAACAGCUUAAUACUCUGUGUGCGGAGCAUGGUGAUGCGCAGAGGCAGGUCGAGUCUCUAACAAAAAAGAAUCUCUCACUGAUGUCGGACGUUCAAGAGUGCGCAAUGAAGCUGACAAUCAACAACAGAUGA